AUGGAUUCCCCCCUACAGGAUGCUGCAUUGGACAUUAUAGUGCCGGAGGAGGAGGACGCUGCAAAAGGGAAAGAUUCAGAGGAGGAGCAGCGGAUGUCUGUUUGCUUGAGUGACAGAAGUGUGCUUCAUGGAAGAAAGAAGAGGAUUUCCAAGUCCAGAGUGAGCUAUUCUCCUUCAUCCACCAGAGGGAGCAAGAAGACCAGAGGUGCAGGGAAAAGGAAUAGAAAAUCCUGUCAAGCUGCUGAGUUGGGGCAAGUACCGGUCUUUGAAGGCGAUGAGCAAGCCGGCACCUCGCAGAAUAUGCCCGCCCGAGGUAAAGCGGGUAGUCCAGCUAUGGCUUGGUUACAGGAUAGUUCAAAAUUACCAAGUUCAACUGCUCCUGUCGGUUUGAUAGGUCUGACAGGAGCAAUAUGCCUAUUAGUGAGGCUUGUCUGA